GCUCAGCCGGAGGACGAGAAUGGAAUUCCUGAUACUACAAUCAAUAUGGAUAGUCAACAAUACAUGAAUGAUUUCUUCGCCCAGGUCGAGGAAAUAAGGAAGCUAAUUGAGCGUGUACAGAUCCUUGUCGAAGAUGUUAAAACUAAGCACAGCGAUAUUUUGUCCUCUCCUAAUCAGGAUGAAAAAACAAAGGCACAACUUGAAGAGCAUAUGGCUGAGAUUAAAAUGAUUGCCCACAAAGUAAGGGCGAAAUUAAAGCAAAUGGAAAUGAACAUAGAUUAUGAUGAGACUUCUGACAAAUCCUCUGCCGACCUUCGAAUUCGGAAGACACAAUAUUCAACCAUAUCUAGAAAUUUCAUCGAGGUCAUGACGGAUUACAACAAGGCACAGGUGGCCUUCCGUGAUGCUUGCAAGCAAAGAAUUAAAAGACAAAUGGAGAUAGCUGAAAGGAAGAUUUCUAAUGAAGAACUUGAGGAUAUGCUUGAAAGUGGGAAUCCGGCGAUUUUUACUCAAGAGAUAAUGACGGAUACUCAACAAGCAAAACAAUCCUUGGCGGAUAUUGAAGCCAGGCAUCAGGAUAUAAUGAAACUUGAAAAGAGCAUUAAAGAGCUUCACGACAUGUUUAUGGAUAUGGCAAUGCUUGUGGAAAGUCAG